CUACUUCUCACGGUCCAACCUCUUCCGGUCCUCUUUCCAGCUUCCCGUGCAACAUGACCAAGAAGAGAAGGAAUAACGGUCGUGCCAAGAAGGGCCGUGGCCACGUGCAGCCCAUCCGCUGCACCAACUGUGCCCGUUGUGUCCCUAAGGACAAGGCCAUCAAGAAGUUUGUCAUCAGGAACAUAGUGGAGGCUGCGGCCGUGAGGGACAUCACAGAGGCCAGUGUCUUUGACUCUUAUGUUCUACCCAAGCUCUAUGUGAAGCUGCACUACUGUGUGAGCUGCGCCAUCCACAGUAAAGUGGUGAGGAACCGCUCCUGUGAGGCCAGGAAAGACCGCACCCCACCACCCAGGUUCAGGCCCGCUGCCGGUGCACCAAGAGCCCCUCCAAAGCCCAUGUAAAGCAGAUUUGAUGAUGCUGUACACCUGAAGAAUAAAAUCAAAAGUCUUUACAAAAA